AUUAAAUUAAAAUUCAAGUUGAACACAAACUGUUAUAUGAAAAUUGAACAGGUGUUUGUAUAUGUACGUCGAAAUAUUGUAUAGAAACGCAAAAAUGAUGAGCUAUGAAAAUGGAAUCAUUAAAACUAACGAUAUACCAUACAACCAAAAUAGUGGAGGAAUCGGUUACAUGUUUUAUACCGCCCUCAAAGAAUACGGUGAUAGGGUUGCUUUGAUAAAUUCCAAAAAUGAUGAAUUCCGUACCAACAAAGACCUACUAGAAAGAUGCACAUCUACAGCCGUAGCACUUCAAAAACGGGGUUUUAAACAGCAAGACUUGGUCGCUGUAUGUUCGAACAGAGAAAACCUGGACGCCAAUGUGCCCUUAAUAGCUGGACAAUUUUUAGGAUGUGUAACGUUCAGCUUAGAUCCCAAUUUGACUGUUAAAGAACUUUGCGAGCUAGUGAAUCAAAUACAACCCAAGAUUAUAUUCCUAAUUGAUGAAGCUAAAAAUAAGAUGCAAGAGGCUUUAAAAAUUUGCGACGUCGAAGUUGAAAUGGUUACUUUUGGCAAAGAAUUUGAAAGUGAAUUUUUGAAAUUUGAUAAAAUUCAAGAUUUUGAGCCUGUAUUCAUUGAAAAUUUGAAGGAAACUUGCAUGAUACACUUUAGCAGUGGUUCGACUAGUUGUCCAAAACCAAUAUGCUUGAACCAUUAUUAUUUCAUGACUUUUGCAGUGUCCCUUCCUAACCCCAAAGCUGAACCUUGCCAAGCUAAAUUCGAAAACCACGAAGUCGGCAAUAUAAGUCUGAAGUUUAUGAAUUGGUACUGGAUAUCCGCUUCUUUAGAAAUGUUCCACUUGAUUUGGACUGGGAAUUGUAGGUUAUUGAAGGACGAGUUCGAUGUUGAUCAAAUUUGGGACAUGGUAGCAAAAUAUAAGAUUUCAGAUAUAUACCUCAAACCUGUUGAUAUCAUAGCAAUAAUUGAUUCCAAACCAAAUGUGGACAUUUCCUCUUUGAAAACAAUUUACAGCGGAGGGUCUCCGUUUCACAAGGAUUAUAUUGAAAAAUUAAAGGCUAAUUUUCCAGAUAUAGAAGUAUUAUUGACAAUAUACGCCAUGACUGAAUGCGGUGUGAUCACAUACCCUUAUAAAAAAGAAUUUUUAAAUUCAAAACCAGUGAGCUGCGGUCUUCCAUGGUAUGGAUUACACUAUAAGGUUGUUGAUGUGGAAACUGGAAAAAUAUGCGGAUUUAACCAACCGGGCGAAUUAUAUGUAAAAGGCAAACGAAUAUUUAACGGCAUUUACAAUCAAGAUUCUUCAGAAUCCUUUGACGAUGAAGGCUAUUUUAAGACUGGAGAUUUAGUUUAUUACGAUGAGGAUUUUUGUUUUUUUGUUGUUGACCGACUCAAAGCUGUUUUGAAAUGGAAUAAUAUAGUUAUUUAUCCAAGUCGUAUCGAGAAAGUUUUACUCAGCCAUCCAGCUGUAAGCGAAGCUAUAGUUAUAGGAAUACCUCACAAAACGGAAAUCGAAAGACUAUUGGCGGCUGUAAUUUUGAAAGACAACGUUAAAGUCAUAGAAGACGACUUGGUGAAAUUUGUUGCAGAAAGAGUGGAAGAUUGUGAGAGACUAAGAGGGGGAGUGGUGUUUGUGAAAUAUUUUCCGGUAACUAUAACUGGCAAAGUAAGUCGGUUAAAAGUAAAAGAAAUGAUUCUGGAUAAACUGAAUAAAUAAAUUUGCCUUAAAACCAUUGUCAUUACCAGUCUAAUAACAAAUGUACAAAUAAAUUAUUAAUUAAAAUAUUAUCCCGACAAUCGAUA